GUAGGGAGAGGUUGAGCUUGUGCCGGUGAUAUUUCGCAAAGCUUUUUACGAGACGGUCGUCGGGUUAUUUCGUCACGUGACCGUCGAGAACUCCUUGUCAGUUUGGAGAUCGACCGACUUGUCGUCGCGCGGUCGCCCGCCGUAUCGAAGUGAAGAAGAUCCUGGAGACGCGCGCGCUUACAUGAGCGUGUUCACUCGCGCAGCGAUUUAACCUCCGACGGCGCGCGCCGUCUCGAGUAAACAACGGAGAGUGUGUAUAGUGUGUCAGUGCCUCGGUGUGUUGUCCACACAACGGUUUAUCAGCCAGAGGAUAUACAAGGAGACAACGGUGAAGUAAACUUAAAUAAACAUCGUUGUGUAAUAAACGUGUCGGGAUAUAUAUAUACACACACAUAUAUAUGUAAUCGUCGUUGCCACAAGCGACGGUGAAGAAAUCUCGGCCGGUGUUUGUCCGGCUCCGAACGGCAUCGUCGCGCAGUUUUUCCUGCCUUACCGACCGAAAAAAGGGCACGCCGCGCGCCGCGUCGUUCGCGAACACAAAGAAGAGCGCGGCGACGCCGGGAUCAUUGCACUCCGCGGCGUCCUGUCGUGCGUGACACCACCGAAUGGACGUAACGACCACCGGCAUUCUUAUCUGACUGUCGGGUCCCGAAGUUGACUAUCCGAAUUGACUCGCGUGCGCGUGCGUUGCAAACGGUUGUUGUGUUUUGAAGCGGCCGCUCGCGCUCGAAUGGGGAAGAGACGGUAGUGGCGACGGAUUGGAUGGAUUGGAUACCGCCGAUGGAUUUUCGGCGGGGAGACGACGGACUGUUGCUGCGAAUUACGUCGCACAGGAACGCACGUCGCGGGCCGACACGUCAUCGCCGCGUGUGCCGGUCGGCAUCGUAGCGACAUAUCGCAGCGGUGCAGCGUGCGUUUUUUUCGUCAAAGUGUAGUAAAGUAAAAAAAAAAAAAAAAAAUAUUCCAAGUCUCUCACCGUGCGUCGGCUCAGUCUCUUAUUAUCGAUUGUUGUGUUGUUUGUUAUUAUUAUUAUUGUUAUUGUUAAAGAGUUGCACAUACUCGCGUCUCGGUGCACAGUGCGUCGUCGGCCACGUGACAUGACGCGUUUCCGCGGUCCCUGAAAAGUGCCAGAGUGAUAUAUCACACACAUACCCACGCUUGCAUACAUACGCAUAUAUUAUAUAAAUAAAUACACAACUUCUUUCGUCGAACGCGCCGUCGGGUGCAGGAAACCACGUCAGGAAGGAUGUAUCCCAGCGCCGGUAUCAACGCAGCCGCCGUGGCCGCUGCUGCCGCCAGGCAUCCGGGUCCACCGCAGCCGGCGCAGCAGUUCAAAUUUACAGUAGCCGAGUCCUGCGAUCGCAUCAAGGAGGAAUUCAACUUCUUGCAAGCACAAUACCAUAGCCUUAAAUUGGAGUGCGAGAAACUGGCCAGUGAAAAAAUAGAGAUACAGAGGCAUUACGUGAUGUAUUACGAGAUGUCGUACGGGCUCAACGUGGAGAUGCACAAACAGACGGAGAUAGCGAAGAGGUUGAACGCUAUUAUCGCACAAAUCCUACCGUUUCUCUCGCAAGAGCAUCAACAGCAGGUCGCCUCGGCAGUCGACAGAGCAAAACAAGUGACCAUGACCGAGCUGAACGCUAUCAUCGGGCAGCAAAGGCCCGAUCUGCCGAGGAUUCUACAGCAGAUGCACGCCCAGCAAUUACCACCAGGCGCGGCAAUGGGACCACAUCCGGGCAUACCCGGACUGCCUGGACUGGGUCCGGGUGCGGGUAUACCGGUCCCCACCUCGGCGUCCGCGCUCCUUGGCUUGGGUUUGCCACCGGGAGCGACCGCCACCCCCGGUGGCACAGCCGCUCAUCCACUGUCAAUGCUCACGAAACCGGACCUUCAUCGCGGUCAGCCUGACGAUCUCAAACCCAACGGUGGUCUCAAUCCAGCGGAGGAGAGGCAUAGAAAUUCGAUAUCACCCGCAGAACGAGAGAAAUACAGACCGCGCAGCACACCUGAUCCGCAACACGAUCAUCUGCCUCUGAAGAAGAUGAAAAAGGAGCACGACAAGGACAUUGGCCAUCAAAGCGAUGGUGAAAAGAGCGACCAAGAUCUGGUGGUGGACGACGCGAGCGAGGGUCCGACCAGUCCAGCGGCAAAUGGCACCGCGUCGCCGCGCGAGAACGGUCUCGAUAAACUGGGUCCGUCUUCGGUGCCGCUCAGCGGCCAGGUGAAGAAGGAGGUGCCGCCACCGUCCCCUAGGAGCGGCACCAGCAGCAACGCGAGCACUCCCUCGGCCAAGAAAAUGGAGGAACGUGAGAAACCGACGACACCAAUCUCGAAACCAGUUACGCCAACAUCCGCAGGUGGAAGCAGUUCCGGUUCAGGUGGGUUGAAACCAUCGAGUUCCACCAAACCACUGGUCUCGGCAUCGGUGGUCGGUCCUUAUCCGCACUAUCCGCCACCGCAUCAUCCGCCCGCGGGACCUCACGUGGACAUGCUGGGCUAUCCCUCGGCGACGCUCAAUGGCUAUCCUACGAGACCGCCUCUUCAGCAGCUUUACGAUCCUCACACUAUGAGAGCGCCGCUCGGACCGAUCGGUGUUCCGCCCGGUGGCAAACCUGCGUAUAGCUUCCACGUUUCCAGCGAAGGAACGAUGCAGCCGGUGCCGUUCCCGCAGGACGCGCUCAUCGGUCCCGGCAUUCCGCGUCACGCGCGUCAGAUAAACACUCUCACUCACGGUGAGGUAGUCUGCGCGGUGACGAUCUCGAAUCCGACCAAGUACGUCUACACCGGUGGCAAAGGCUGCGUCAAAGUGUGGGACAUCAGUCAGGGCGCCAACGGCAGCACAAAACCCGUCUCGCAGCUUGAUUGCUUGCAACGCGACAACUACAUCAGGUCGGUCAAACUGCUGCCCGACGGUAGGACUCUGAUUGUGGGCGGUGAGGCGAGUAAUCUCAGCAUCUGGGAUCUGGCGAGCCCGACGCCGCGAAUCAAGGCGGAAUUGACUUCCUCCGCGCCCGCGUGCUACGCACUAGCCAUUUCGCCAGACUCGAAGGUCUGCUUCAGUUGCUGCAGCGACGGCAACAUUGCCGUAUGGGAUCUGCAGAAUCAGACAUUGGUCAGACAGUUCCAAGGCCACACGGACGGCGCGUCGUGCAUCGACAUCUCCGCCGACGGUUCGAAGCUCUGGACGGGCGGUCUCGACAAUACCGUGCGCUCCUGGGACCUGCGGGAGGGCAGGCAGUUGCAGCAGCACGACUUCACGUCGCAGAUAUUCUCCCUGGGAUACUGCCCGACCGGCGAGUGGCUGGCUGUGGGUAUGGAGAAUUCGAAUGUCGAGGUACUUCACGCCACGAAGCCCGACAAGUAUCAGCUGCAUCUACACGAGUCUUGCGUGCUCUCGUUACGUUUCGCUUCGUGCGGCAAGUGGUUCGUCUCCACCGGCAAGGACAACUUACUUAACGCGUGGCGCACGCCAUACGGCGCAUCGAUAUUCCAGUCUAAGGAAUCCUCCUCGGUGCUCAGCUGUGACAUUUCUACCGACGACAAGUUCAUCGUAACCGGAUCCGGCGACAAAAAAGCCACCGUCUACGAAGUGAUAUAUUGAACGCAUUUCACUCAAUAGGAUAUACUUCGCGCAGCGUCGAUCGCUUCUUAAUGAUCGAUUCAUUAACUUAUUACGAGAGAAAUUGAAGCAAGUGUCUCUCUUACGCACAAUGCGAUCUCUUAAGAGAGACGUAAUGAAACUUGACAAAAAUCAGGACAAGAUUUGAUCUGAUACUAUGGUUGCUAUAUAUAUCGGACGAAACAUAAUAUAUAUCGAGUUAAAUUACCCGUUUUCACAAGGAGCUCUUGAAGAGCUUAACCAAUUCACUACGGGAUGAUCAUUUACAUGAAGAACAUAUACAUAAUAUAUAUAUAUAAAUAUAAAUAUAUAUAUAUAUAUAUAUAUAUAUAUAUAUAUAUAUAUAUAUAAAUGAUAUAUACAUAAAGAUCGCAGCACUUUUCAGCUGUAUAAAAUUGUAUAGAAUUGUCUCUCUUACGCAAAGUGCGCGACCUGUUGAGAGAGAGACAAAAUACGACGUAAAACUUGACAAAAAUCGAGACAAAACUUGGUCUGGUACUAUGGUUGCUAUAUAUCGGACGAAACACGGAUUAAAUUACCCGUUUUCACAAGAAGCUCUCGAAGAGCUAAAUUUACUACGGGAUGGUCAUUUACAUAAUAUAUAUAUAAAUAUAUAAAUAUAUAUAUAAAGAUUGCAGCACUUUUUGGCUGUAUAAGAUUGUAUAGAGCCCUACGAUCGUAAGUAGAAGAUGUGACGCAGCAAAUGGAUGUGCGAGAGAAGAGACAAAUGUGCGUGUAAAGUAAGUAAACCUCCGACUGUAUUUAACGUGGGAGGCGAUUCAGAAUCGCUUGUGUAAUAUGUUACUGAUGUAAUAUAGAAUCUUUAUAAUUAGGAUGUUCUCUGCGUGCAAGGAAAAAAAUGGAAGAGCAGCGAGUAUAUGGCGCGUGUUUCGACGGUUUGUUCUCGCGCGAGAACGAGAUACAUCCGAUCGCGUGAUCGCGGCUGACUUUAGUGUUGUAGAUUUGUCAAAGUAGGAAUGUGUACGUUGUGUCGCAAGAAUUAUGCAUAAUAUAUCGAGCACACAUGUAGACCGACCAUGUUUACGUCAUGUAGCGAAGGAAUAGGGGCUAUGAGAAACCGAUAAAGUAUCGAUCACGCUGUCGAUAUUAAACGCGCGCACGAAUGUCGCGUGCGUAUUCAGCAUCGAGAGGCAGACAAUGUGAUCUUUGACAUUUCUACCACCGAGAGGAAGAAUAAUUUGUACUUAUUACCAUUUUCAGUUUUACAUACGAUUUUUUCGUAUAUGAACACUGUUACGUCUACCGUUAAGACUUUAUUGUAAUGGAGAUUUUAUAAGCGAAGAAAGAAAGAGAGAGAGGGAGAGAGGGAGAGAGAGAGAGAGAAACAGAGGAACGGUUAUACAAAAAAAAACAAAGGUGAAAGAUGAUAAACAGGUAAAAGAGAUAUACUUUUUCGAUCUUUCGCAGUGACUUACGCGCAAGUAAGCAGGAAACUUGGCUUUCAUACGCCUAUUACAAGCGGUAUUGACUACAAAUAGAAAAUUCAAUAAGUUGCGCCGAACGCAACGCACGGACACAUUAUUUGUACAUUAUUUGCGAGUCUCGACUGCCAUAAUAGGCAUAUAUAUAGUAUAUAUACAUACUACGCGCACACAUACUACACACACAUGUACACACACACGUACACAUACAAAGAGAGACACGUACAUACAUAUUAUAUAUAUGCAUAAAAAGAUACACAUCCACACGAGCGAGCGGACCACGUUUUGUGGACGAGUUUUGCAGAUUAUUCGAAAAAGUAUUUUUGUGACUAUUCAUCAUGAUGAGAUCCUAGACUUUUAAACGAUCCCAUCGAGCGACCCGGUCGAGAGCGCAAUCGACAAAAACACCACGACGACUGCAGCGACGACGACGACUAUAUAAUAAUAUGUAAAGCGAGACAAAACACUUGAAUUCUUAUUGCUCCUCGGUGCAACUUCAAAGUCGCGCAGAUGCGUCUGGACUUUAUUAGAAUACUAAUUAGUACGUUUAUUAUUCGGAACCGUAUGGUGAAAGCGGGUGAUGCGUAAUGGAGAUUUAUAUUUUGUUACAGGAAGGCACACACACGUUGACACCGCUGUGAUCGUCCAAAAUCCAAUGUCACUGAUUUAAUACUGCCGCAAUAUUAUGAAAAUAGAAUAAACAAAUAAAAAAAAAAUAAAAAAAUAAAAAAAAAUAAAAAAAAAGCACUUCGCGCCGUGUUACACGUUAAUAACUGGUGUUCACGCAAAGAGAAAGAGUUACAAUAUACACGCAGAGACGAUUAAAUAACAAACAGACAUACACACAAACACACAUACACGCCAAUGUAACAUGAUUCGAUUUUGGACGAGCACAGCUCCGAUUAUAUAGACCAAUAGAAACAACGAUACCUCAAGAAGACUCAAUAGUUAAUUAUCACUAAUUCAUCAACUUGUACAGAAUCGAUAUUCUUUUACAGUUGAAAUAACACACGCACCGUGAAAAAAAGCAUUACGCGAUAAACAAGUAAGUCUCACGACGAGUACGACGACGAUUGUGCCCCCUCCCCCAUCCACCCGUUUCCUUUCCUAUUUCCUCUCCUUCCUUCUCCCCGCGCAUAUGUUGAAAUUGUGUCUCCGUGCUCGCAUUUUGCACCCCGCGAAAGCGUACGAAAGCCGCCGUGGGAGAGAAAUAAUACAUUCAUAAAAAAAAAAAAAAGAAAAAAAACAAACG